ACUGAAUUAAAAGCCUUAUCUUGUAGAAGGUAUAAAGUAGCAAUGGAUCCACAAAUGCAGUACCAAAGUCAACUGACAUCUCGUUAUGCUAGCAAAGAAAUGGGUUACAAUUUUUCGAACCAUAAAAAAUUUUCAACAUGGAGGAAGCUGUGGGGAUUCUUGCUGUGGUGGAUUCUUGCUAAAGCUGAACAGAAACUAGGUAUUACAAUCACAGAUAAACAACUGGAUGAGAUGGAGAAGAACAUUGACAACAUCGAUUAUGAAAUGGCUGCAGCUGAAGAAAAAUCACGUCGCCACGAUGUUAUGGCUCAUGUGUACACAUUUGGAGUGGCGGCACCGAAAGCGGCUCCGAUUAUUCAUCUAGGUUGCACCUCCUGUUAUGUUGGUGAUAAUGCAGAUCUUAUAAUCAUACGAGAUGCUAUCAACAUUAUCUUGCCGAAGCUUGCGCGAUGCAUAGACCGCUUGUCAAAGUUUGCUUUGCAUCACAAAGACCUUCCUUGUCUUGGAUUUACACAUUUCCAGCCUGCUCAGUUAACAACGGUAGGAAAGAGAGCGUGCUUGUGGAUAUCAGACUUGAUGAUGGACCUAGAAAGUCUAUCGAAAUUAAAGAAUGAGAUGAAGUUUCGCGGUGUAAAAGGUACCACUGGAACUCAGGCUAGUUUCCUCACUUUAUUCGAUGGCGACCACGAUAAGGUCGAGAAGUUGGAUGAAUUGGUAACUCAAUUUGCUGGAUUUACAAAAACUUACACGGUCACUGGUCAAACGUACCCAAGGAAAUUCGAUUACACUGUUCUCUCAACCCUUGGAGGAAUGGGUGCUAGUAUUCAUAAGAUCUGCACUGACAUCCGCCUUCUUGCGAGCAUGAAAGAAAUCGAGGAACCUUUUGAAAAAAAUCAAAUCGGAUCAAGUGCCAUGGCUUAUAAACGCAAUCCGAUGAGAAGCGAGAGAUGUUGUGGUUUAUCGAGACAUUUGAUGACAUUAGUGGCGGACGCACAAAACACAGCAGCUGUUCAGUGGUUGGAAAGAACGCUUGAUGACAGUUCCAAUAGGCGAUUGUGUAUUUCUGAAGCGUUUUUAACGGCUGAUGUCAUCUUAAAUACUUUGCAAAAUAUCACUGAAGGUUUAGUGGUUUAUCCCUGUGUAAUUGGUCGUCAUGUCAACCAAGAGUUGCCGUUUAUGGCUACGGAGAAUGUCAUCAUGGAAAUGGUGAAAGCAGGUGGCAAUAGACAGGAUUGUCACGAAGAGAUCCGCAAAUUGUCCCAACUUGCAUCGAAAGAAGUAAAGGAGUAUGGGCGCGACAACAAUUUGGUUGAAUUAAUCAAGUCAUGUGAUUAUUUUCAGCCAAUCCAUGCUGAUCUUGACAAGCUAUUAGACGCUAAAACGUUCAUUGGUCGAGCACCGCAACAGGUAAUUAAAUUCAUUAAGAAUGAUGUCGCAUAUGCUUUGGCUGACUAUAAAGAACAGCUGGAGGGAACAGCCGAGGUGAACGUUUGAAAUGGAAAAUUACUUGUGAUCAAAAUACGCUCUUCCACCUUCAUUUGUAGAUGUUUACUCGAGACUGCAAAUAUCUACACGGUGAGAACAAAAAACAAACAAAAUAUAGCAAAUAAAUAAACCCUAUGAAUUAGAAAUAUUUUUCCAGAAUAUAUAGAUUUAUAAUA